AUGGCCCUUUUUGAUAUGAUUCUUGUGGGACCCCCAGGGAGCCCAGAAAAGGUUAAGAGCCAUGUCACAGCAGGUGAGACCCACGGUGCUUGUGUGGCGUUACAGAGUAAAUUCAGUCUCAUCAUAUCAAAAAAAAGGAGUUCAAGGUUGGUCGAAAAGGAGGUUGAAGAAUCUCCUGAAAUUGAAACGACGCAAGCAAAUGAAGUGGUUGAUCCGGUUGUAGAGGAAGAGGUUGAAGAAGAGGAAGAAGUUCCUCUGAUACGGAGGUCUUCAAAGAAGCCAGCAACUGCAAAAUCCACCACUACAAAAUCAACAACACCAAAAAUCACCACAAAAGCGGUUACUUCAAAAUCAACUGCCAAAACCGCCCCUCCCAAAAUUACAAAAACCACCACUCCCAAAAAGCCUGUCACACUAAAAUCAAAGGCUCCUUCACCAAAACCGGUUGAGGAGUCUAAGCCAGAGGAGUCGGAAAAGAUGGAGGAGUCAGAAUCUGACAAGGAGUCGGAGCCGGGGGAUGUGUCUGAACCGCAGAAUCAGGAGAUGGAGGAAGAAGAAGUUGAGAAGGAGGAGGUUGUAAUAGUUGAAAAGGUUGUUGCCCAGAAACCGUCAUCCAAAGCGGUUAAGUCUGUUGAGAAACCGGUUCCCAAACCCAUUCCUACUAAACCAUCAAUCAAAACCACCAAGCCCAAAAUUUCUACCCCUACAAUUGCACCCCAACCAGUGGAGAAAUCAAAGAAGAAAUCUGAUGCUGAUGUUGAGGGGGAAGUUCCUAAAAAGGAGACUGUUAAGGCUGGUGCUAGCAAGGGCCCUAGGAUAAAGACGGUUGCUAGGAAGGAUGCUGAAUCUUCCAAAGGCAAGGAGAUCAUGGAGCAGGAACUAGAGUUUCCUGCUGACAAAAAGAGGAAGGGCACUCCCAUUAAUUUAUCUGAAAAGAGUCUGGCUGAAAUUCUCAAAGUCCCACACAAGGGACUGGAUGAGUACUCAAGGGAGAACUGGCCCACAGUUAAAGGCCUCACAGCAGAACAGAUCAGACCAGGUGGUGUUCUGAAAAUGAAAAGUGCAGCAAAGGGUGCUGCUAUUGGUGAAGGGACCAGUACAGAAUCAGUUCAGGCUACUUAUGCCUUGGUGAAGCAGUUGAGUGACCAGAAUCAGAUGAUGCAAAAUAUGCUGAAUAGUGCUACUCAGCUUUGCACUGAUCUUCAGGAAUCCUACAAGCGAGUUGAGAUUCACCUUGACAAGGCUGGUAUUCAGGGUAGAGAGGAUUCUGAGGAAAAGGAUGAGUCAUCCCAUGCUGCUGGAACAGUACGAGACCAGUGCCUUGAGUUCUUUCUUAAGAAUUCAAAUCUUUUGAAAAAGUUCUCAAAACAAUGA